AAUGGCAACGAGUUAUUACAAGAGUGACACAAAUUCUAUGUCAUUAGGUAAGAAAAAAGCAUCACUAACUGCAACAACAAAUGCAGGGUAGAAAAACAAGCUAACCAAAACAAACGUAGAAGCUUGACUUUGCUGCGAGUUUACUGAUAAAGAUGCCCGGCAAUAUAGGGAUAGCUGUAACUAUUUCUCUACUCCAUCUUCCAGGGGCCCCCGCUGCCAUGAUCUUCUUUCUCAGGCACUCGUGGCAAUAGAGAGGCCAUGAAAGGAGCAGCUGUAGUGUCCUCUAAGUACUUUACGAUAGCCUUUUUGCCUAAGGGGUCCAUAUGGGGCACCACAAACUGUAAAAACCAACCUAAUUUUGCUUAUGACAAAAUCAGCAAUAUCUUAGUUUGGUAGAGUUCCGUUAUACCUAGCUUCAUCUUCCCUUUUCUAAGGUUCUUCAGCUGCCAUGUUUAUAUUCCGUUUAAAACUUUUCAUCUGGGUCCUUUUGUCAAUAAGCUAUCUUGCCUUUUUCACUUCUGCUUCUUUGUGCAAACAGUUUGUUCAACAAACGACUAGGCAAUUCGAGCAGGAAACAGAUCGGUUCUGGGAGUUUCAAGAGCAAUCCAACAGAUGGGUUGAAGUGAAACUUCCUUUUGAUCUUGUAUCUUGCGUUAAUGAUAACUGUAAUAAAGUGGGUUUGAUUGAUCAAAAAAAAGGGACCAAAGAAGAGAACUUAGGAAACGAAAAAGAUGCUUCUAACCAAAACAACAACAAAAUGAAGGAUGGAAAUAUUGGAAGACUGGAUGAAAACUCUUAUGCAAUUUUGCCUCAAAGAAAAAGAAUCUCCUUGACUAAAAUGUCUGAUACAUCCAUUUGGGUCACUGGUGAAAGUGGGUCUAUCUAUGAGAGGUUCUGGAAUGGAGUUCAGUGGGUUAUAGCACCACAUGAUUUGCAUCUAUCCGCAGGUUCUGCAGUCUCAGUCUUGAUAGUCAACCAGACAAUUCUUGCCAUCUCAGAGGAAGGAAAUCUAUACCAGAUGCAACUCGGUGACAACUUGCAACCAAUAUGGGUGGAGUUCAAACCUGCAUUCAAUCAAAGUACAAAUGAAGAAGCAGAACAGAGUUCAGUGAUUCAAAUAAAGUCCAGUACUGUUUCAUAUGAUGGACAGAGAGUUUAUUUCUGCACAAAGAACGGCUUGUUGCUAGAACUCAGUGAGGUUGAACCUCCAAGGUGGGAGAAUCAUGGCCGGCCACCAGGAGCAGAUGUCGCAGCAAUUGCUGAUGCAGCUAGAAUUAGAACAGAAGUUGUAUAUACAAUAAGUUCUGCAGGUGAUCUCUAUGAAUAUGAUAAGAACUCAAGGCCAUCAUGGAAAAAGCAUCUAAAGAGUGUAGAUACAUCAAAAGAAGGUUCUCUAAUACCACUCAUGGGGUGCACCAUACAUGGCUUGAUUGGAGAUCACUCUAUAUCCUUGUUUCUCCUAACAAAGGGAGGUAAGUUGGUAGAGAGACGACUACAUCAAAGGAAAUGGAAAUGGAUAAAUCAUGAAAGUCCAGAAGAUCAUCACCUGACAUCUAUUACUCCCUUGCUGGAAGAUGAACCAAAUGAAAUAUUCAUCUCAUUGUUUCUCACUACAUCCACCGGAUCAGUUUUUGAGUUUCGAAUACCAAACCAUUCAGGUACAGCUCAAGAGAACCAAAUCUCAGUAACAUGGCUGAAUCAUAUGCAUCCACCAAACACAAAAGCUGCAAGAGGUAUUGCAGGACUAAGAUUUCAACUUGGCAGGACCCUGUUUGCACUGGAUGACGGUAGACUUGCAGAGUUACAUAUGCCUAGCCUAGGUGGUGAGAAUUCAGGGCCAACACAUCAAUUUAACAUGAGAAAAAAAGUAUCCUCUAAGUAUGUCUGGUCAAUAUUAGAUGCGCCUGAGACAGAAGGAUGGAAUGCUGAGUAUUGUACAGAAGAACGUGGACCUAUGAAUUGCAUAGCAGGUAUAAAAGAUGAAUCAAACGAAGCAGGUAAUACAAGAUCCCUGACAAGGAGGAGAAAGGGUAAUAAAGCACAACAAGAGUACUUAUCUCCAAGCACAUCCAGGAGUGCCCUUGCAGAAACAUCAAAAGAAUACAGUUUCCCAGAUAACUGGACUAGCACUAAUUUCCGACUGAGGAUGAUGCAAGCAGGUGUAUCAUUUUUUAUGGUAACAGAUGAGGGUUUGACGUUUGAAUAUCUUUACACUGAAAAUGUAUGGCUCUGGUUAAGGCACGACCAUUCAACACCUAUGAGAGGUUCCGUAGGAAACUACAAUGGAAGUUUAUUUUUUGUUGACAUGUAUGGAACCCUGCUUAUCAGAGAAAGGAGCGGAAAUGACCUAGCAUGGAUAAAUUGCACUGCAAUGAGGAAAGGAACACAAGUUACGGCAGGCCCUCCUUGGGAUGGUAAACUGAAAGUCACAGCAGAAGAUGCACUCUUUUUUGUGAGCAAAAGUGGAAGACUACUGCAGUUCACAGUUGCCUUGAGAAAGUUCAAAUGGAAAGAUUGCCGAAACCCUCCAGAAACCAAACUUGCAUGCAUAAUAGACCAAGAAAUCUUUAGGGAGAAUAUAGUGUUUGUUGUUGGAAGAAAUGGUCGGCUCUACCAGUAUAACAAAGUAACUGAAUUGUGGCAUGAGCAUCACCAAUCUCAGCAUUUGGUUCUAUCCAGGUUGCCAGGAACUGCUAUAAGGCCUUCAUUCUUUUCAUUAACGGGUUCACUUUUCAUGCUUUCAGAAGAUGGUGGAUUAGUUGAAUAUCACUGGAAUGCAUGGGAUGGUUGGAACUGGGUAGAACAUGGCACUCCAUGCAAAGAUGUUAACUUAGUUGCUCCUCCUGGUCCAUUCUUCAAAGGUAAUCAACUGCUUUUGAUAGGUUCAGACGGAAAUGUAUACCUAAGGUACAUGGACCAAUUGACAUGGAGAUGGAAAAACAGUGGUUCCCCACAUGAUAGAGACAAAGAUACUGAAGAUCAAACAAAAAUGGAGAACCCAAAUUAUUCGAAUGGCAACUGUGACCCAAAGGUUGCUUCUACAAGACCAAUUCCACUUUCUGAAAAUUCAGCUAUUUUCGAGCUAAGAGAUGGCAGAUUGGCAGAAAUUCGGGAAGUUCAGGACAAGCAAUGGGUAUGGAUACGGAUAAUUGGCACUCCAACAAGUACAUGCACAGCAAGUUAUUGGAUUGCUUUGGCGUCAUGAAUACCCCCGACAAAUUUCUUUUUGCUUUUUCAUUUUGUUUACCGAUUUUUACAGAGACGUUAGAGUUUAGAUAUAUAUAUAUAUAUAUAUAUAUAUAUAUAUAUACUUUUAGGUAAAAAGAUGCAAAUUUGAAUGUAUAUUAAACAAA